CAGGAAGACAACCGGCAAAGCGCGCGGCCUGCAAUAGCAUACAGGUUAAUCAAUGCGCGCAUCGAAUGGAGAGCCAUUUCUCCAGGGUAAAAACACGAUAGUACGAGAUCGAAAGGCUCUCUUUCUCUGCGAGGCACAAAACACGGCGAUUAAAAUUUCACUUGGCACCGUUGUUGAGUCAUUUCUACUCAGUCGGCCAAAAUCAUUCCUAUUUCAGUCGGAUUGUAAGACGGUUCGUUUUUAUUAACCUGGCACUAACCAAUAGAUCAGCCAAUAAUAGUUAGAAUAAAUAUAGAUUAACUGCGAUACAUUUUAAUUAAAAAAAAGUAUUAUUUUAAAUGCGCGUCUGCGAAUCAGAAUAAUGAAGAAAAUAUUGUUCGGCAUCGUAUUGACCUAUUUAACGUCGUUGGCUCUCUCUGCCAGCAUUCUAGAUUAUUUAUCACUCGCAACUGAUGUGGAAGCAAAAGAAGAAGAAAUUGGACCGAGUAACUGUCUCUGCAAUGGCCCGUCUUGUAUUUGUUGUAUAGAUUUCAACAUGUCCUACAUCGAUCUUGGUGGUCCUGGUUGCGUUCGAUUAAAAUAUUUAUCGGUGGAAGAAGGCAUUGCUUUGAACGUUUCGUAUGGUGAUAGUGUGCUACAUAGCCAACGAGUUACAGGUCCCGACCCAGCGCCGACCUGUUUGAAUAUGUUUGCCCGUUUAGCUCAAAUGUGUGCUAGAUUUAGCGAAUUAUUACCAACAGACGAUGGCCUACGCGGUUGUCUACAGUUGGAACCAAUGUUAUUGGGUGAAGUGCAAAUCGAGCUACCGCUCGGUUGUUUCCGGAUGGGACCUAAGGGUGUAGAACUUAUAAAAUCAUCCGAAGAAGAAAUCAAAGAACAACAACCACAAGAAAGCGUGACAGAAACUACAACGCAGCCACCUGCCGAUGAAAAGAAAGUAGCGGAAGACGAACUUAAACCAGUUGUGACGCCAACACUCAACAUAACAUCUCCUUUAUCAAUUCUUGAUAAUCUUUCAACUGCAGAUAUUCUGGCAGCAGUUAGUGAAUCGACGGAUGAAGGAAUUGCCAUGAUUUCCAGCUGGUUCGGACUUGAUGUUAACAAAACGCAGAAACCAGGACCAGAGAACAAUAGUAAAGGUACUGACAAAACCACUGAAAAAAAUGAGGAAAGUGAAAAUUCCAAGAUCGAAUAGCCACAGGCUUAUUGCGUAGGUUGAUUUAAUGAUAUGAAGAAAACCGAGGUUCUAGGGCGAUGCCAUUAGUUUGCUUCGCCAAGGAUGGUCUGCUAGUGAUAUCUAAAAUAAUUUAUAUGCUUAUUCAUUUGACUAAAUAGAAACUUUGUAACACUUUAAA